AAGUAAAUAGUGGGGCAUUGGGCAUCCUAUGCUAAUUACACGUGUCCAGUGUCCUGUCCCUUUUACCAGCAAGCAAUUCUUGCUGCUAUUGCUGUAUCUCCUCUCUAUCUACCGCUGAAUCAUCAUAACUUCCAUUUUUGAGCUAAGUGACUCUGCUGUGGGAAGUUAGGGAGUCUCCAUCAAAAACCAAUACUAGUUAAUCAGAGAGAACAUGGGAAGAAUCUUUGCAGUGGAGCUGGAGGGCAGGUCCUACAGAUGCAGGUUCUGCAGAACUCACUUGGCUCUUGCAGAAGAUCUCAUCUCUAAGGCAUUUCAUUGUCGAAGAGGGAAAGCAUACCUAUUCAAUAAUGCGGUGAACAUCACAAUUGGAGCACCUGAAGUAAGGAUGAUGCUUUCCGGCUUGCAUACCGUGGCAGAUAUUUUUUGCUGUUGCUGUGGUCAAAUCGUUGGCUGGAAAUAUGAAUCUGCACAUGAGAAGACCCAAAAGUAUAAAGAAGGGAAGUUUGUUCUUGAAAGAGGAAGGAUUGUUGAUGAUGUUGAUUUCAAUGCUGAAUUCUAUAUUGAUAGUCGUGCCAGCAUGAGCGAUGCCGAAGAUGCUUAGCAUCUUAAACAAACUUACUGGAUUUCUUUAUUGACUUGCUGGAUCAGGAGAAGGAAUCUUGACUGCUUUUGUAUAUGAAGUAUGAACAAUAACAGUGGUGACCCAUGAAAAUGCUUCAGAUGAAGAAAGUUUCUCUUGAGUUUUAAUUUUUUAUUUGAAAUUUAUAUA